AUGCAGGACCCGACAAAGGCAAAGUAUGCGGAGAGACGACGCGCCGCAUACUUACUAAGGUUGGUAGAGCUAAAGCCGCCAACGAAAGAGGAGCUAACGAAGGAGCUCCAAGCAUCGAUUGACUGCGCGAGAGCAGUCAUACCCAACUUCAAGUUGGAGCCGCCGGUAAAGGCAGCCAAGCGACAGAGCGUGGCCGGACCUACAUGUAUAUACAUAUGUACAAUAUGUAUACUCAUAUUUCAUAUCUCUUUGUCGCGUUCAAAUCGUGCUGGUCUUCAAUUUCCCGUCGGACGUAUACACCGUUUGUUGCGCAAAGGCAAUUAUGCCGAACGUGUUGGUGCUCCCGUAUAUUUAGCUGCUGUUAUGGAAUAUUUGACUGCUGAAGUUCUUGAAUUGGCUGGUAAUGCUGCCCGUGAUAACAAAAAGACUAGAAUAAUUCCACGUCAUUUACAAUUGGCCAUUCGUAAUGACGAAGAAUUGAAUAAAGUAUUAUCUGGAGUGACUAUUGCUCAAGGUGGUGUUUUGUCAAACAUUCAAGCUGUACUUUUACCAAAGAAGACUGAGAAAAAAGCANCUUGCUUCUUGUAG